GUUGGGCUCAGUGCAACCUUCUUCUCUGACUACUCUUUUCUUUUUUUCCAAUCCCAUUGUGGUGAUAGAGAGAGAAAAAAAAAAAGACACAAAUUUCUUUGCAUUUUCUUCAUGGCAAUGGGUUCCUUGGUUUCGAAGAAAUGGCUUUCGUUUAGUUUAGCUUUUUUGCUUCUUGUUGGAGUUUAUGCCGGUGUUCACACUAACGGCGUUGGUUCCGACGACUCCAGGACUGUGAAAAAAGAGCAGUUACAGAGCUCUGAAAACUCAACAAUGGCAGUGAGUUUGGAAGAGAUUGAGGAGAGAUUAAGCAAACAUGCAGUGGAUGAUCCAGAAGAAGUUGUCUCCAUGGUUGCAGAGAGCAUUAGGAACAGCACAGAGAGGCGAAAACUUGGAUAUUUCUCAUGUGGGACAGGAAAUCCUGUUGAUGACUGCUGGAGAUGUGACCCCAAUUGGCAAAAGAACCGUAAACGCCUUGCUGAUUGUGGCAUUGGAUUUGGUCGCAAUGCCAUUGGUGGUCGUGAUGGUCGUUACUAUGUUGUCACUGAUGCUGGUGACGAUGACCCUGUUAACCCCAGGCCUGGUACCAUUCGCCAUGCUGUUAUCCAGGAGGAGCCUCUAUGGAUUGUGUUCAAGCGCGAUAUGGUCAUACAAUUGAAACAGGAGCUCAUUAUGAACAGUUUCAAGACCAUUGAUGCCCGUGGCUACAAUGUCCACAUUGCCAAUGGUGCUUGUAUCACCAUCCAGUAUGUUACCAAUAUUAUCAUCCAUGGGCUCCACAUUCAUGACUGCAAGCCAACUGGAAAUGCCAUGGUGAGGAGCUCACCGACUCAUUUCGGCUUGAGGACCAUGGCUGAUGGUGAUGGUGUUUCAAUCUUUGGGUCAAGCCACAUUUGGGUUGAUCAUAACUCACUAUCUCACUGUGCUGAUGGUCUUGUUGAUGCUGUCAUGGGCUCAACUGCCAUUACUAUUUCCAACAAUCAUUUCGCCCAUCAUAAUGAGGUCAUGCUAUUGGGCCACAGUGACUCCUACACUAGAGACAAGCAGAUGCAAGUGACAAUUGCAUACAACCACUUUGGAGAGGGUCUCAUUCAAAGAAUGCCUAGGUGCAGACAUGGCUACUUCCAUGUGGUGAACAAUGACUACACUCACUGGGAGAUGUAUGCUAUUGGUGGAAGUGCUAGCCCAACCAUUAACAGCCAAGGAAACAGAUACCUCGCCCCAAAAAAUUCUUUUGCAAAGGAGGUAACAAAAAGGGUUGACACAGCAGAAGGUCAAUGGAAGGGUUGGAACUGGAGAUCAGAGGGAGACUUGAUGCUUAAUGGUGCCUAUUUCACUCCAUCAGGUGCUGGAGCUUCGGCAAGCUAUGCAAGAGCUUCAAGCUUAGGUGCCAAAUCCUCUACGAUGGUCGGUGCCAUAACUUCAAGUGCUGGUCCCCUUGCUUGCCGCAGAAGCAGCACUUGCUAGUACAGCCAGCUUCACAUACAAAUUUGCCAAAAGAAAGUGUCCCUUUUUUCCCUUUUGCUUUUUCCACUGUUAGAUUUCCAUUCUUACUACUAAAAAGCACUAUAUAGAGUCCUCCCAAAUCCAAGUUUUAUAUCCCAUUAUUUGUCAAUCAGUCCAUUAAUCGUCUAUUCUUGGCAAGUGUACAUUUUUUACACUGUCAAUUCAUCAGUUCGUGUCUCAAAGCGUUGUGCAACCUCGGCCUGAUUUCAUUUCAAGAAAAGCCAAUGUCUGUUCUUGAAGCAGGUGCAGAAGCGUUGUCCAUGCCCCAUUUCUUGUUUUUUUCCAAUCUCAAGAGUCCUCAGCCUCUUCAUCCAUAUGUUUCUUCUAACCACCACUUUUCAACCUCCCCACUUUAUCUUUGUGAUGCUGUCUUUAGUCUGCAAUACUGUGCCUUGGCUAUUGUGUUUUUCCCUUUUUCCUUUUUUUUUUUUUUACUAUGCGAGUGAAUGAUUAUGUAAGUUUUUUCUUAGCUUUUUUGAGUCAUACAGGCUAUAUAGUGUGAAUUGUCAAGAAAAUGUUAUUGGAAGGGAAAGAGAAAAGAACCUUUCUGUUUGAAAUGAUGCAAAGUUACUACCUUUAUGUUACCUUUACUUUCUUGCUUUGUCGUUGUCAAUGGAAACAUUAAUGUCA